AUCUCAUUCACAGCCGCUGGGCAUUUUCCAGCUGUUGGGAUUUGGGAGGGUAUCUUAAGUGACUUAACCCUCUAACCUUCGUCCCACGCACCCCAGUACUCUUUUUCCCUGUCUAUGAUCUGUUCUUACCACCUUAUAUACUCUCUUCUUCUCCACAUAUUUACCCAGUACUCGAUCCAUUUAGUGCACACUAACCAACUUCAAAUAGUCACUCAAACAUCCCUAAAUACCCAGAGAGAGAGAGAGAUGUUGAACUGGGGGCCGGUGUUCGUGGCGGUGGUGCUGUUCGUGCUGCUGUCUCCGGGGCUGCUGUUUCAAGUGCCGGGGCAAAACAGAUGCGUCGAAUUCGCCAACUUUCACACGGGCGGCGCGUCCAUUCUCAUCCACACUUUGCUCUACUUCGGUGUCAUCUGCCUUUUCUUGAUCGCCAUCGAAGUUCACUUGUACUUCGGUAGGCUUCUACACACACACACACACACAGAGAUGGCAGAUUGGGGACCGGUAGUGAUAGCCACGGUGCUGUUCGUGCUGUUAACGCCGGGGUUGUUGUGUCAGAUACCGGGGAACGGCAGAUACGUAGGAUUCUGCAAUAUGGAGACUAGCGGAUUGGCGAUUCUGGUUCACACCAUCAUCUUCUUCGCACUCAUCGUUAUCUUCCUAAUUGCCAUCGGCGUUCACAUCUACACCGGUUAAAUUAAUCACUCCUAUAAUUCCUUCCACCACCCCCACCGAAACCAAACGAAUUGGUUACCGUAAUUUCGACGCACAUAUAGGUCCUCUUUCCGCAAUGAGUAAUGCCACAAGCACGUCUUUAAAACACAAUUCGGGACGCAACCGUGUCGAGGACCGUUAGAUACACGUGGGAUUCACGUACACAACUGUAUAUGUCCGGAAUUGUGUUUUAAAUGUGUGUUCGUCGACUUUUUGUUUCGGAAUUUGGUUUUCUUUAAUUUGUUGUUUCGAUAUGUAUGUCAACUACCGAUUUGUUAUUGUUAAUAUUGUAUAGCUUAAGAGGUUUCAGUAUGUGAGAUUACUGGUGCUGUUGUUAUUUAGUGGAAGAUGAACACUUCAUGUCAAUUUUUUAAACUCCAAUUUGACACUGUACUACUAUUUUGGUAAAGUUUGGUUGGGAGUGA